AUGGAUUCGGAGGAAGAGCAUGAUCAAGCAUACAACGAUGACGAGGAAGAAGAUAUAACCCAAGAGGAUUCUUGGACAGUUCUUAUUUCGAAGAAAAAGGACUUGUUCGCCAACAACUUGACUCAUUUGAUGAGUUUAUUCAGAAUACUAUGCAAGAAAUUGUGGACGGAUAUGCAGAUAUCGAGAUCCGACCUGAAUCCCAACACAAUCCGGGGCACCAGCCUAAUUGUGCGGAGGUUCGUUUUGGAUCCUGUUUCUACGAUCUAUAAGAUCAACUUUAGUGAGAUUUAUCUGAGUCAGCCAUUGAUGACAGAGUCAGAUGGUGAAAUCGUUCCAUUGUUUCCAAAGGCAGCAAGACUGAGGAAUCUGACAUAUUCUGCACCUUUGUUUGUUGAUGUAUCAAAGAAGGCUAUAAUGAAAGGGCAUGAUGGUGAAGAAGUGACAGAAACUGAAAAUUUUGAUAAGCUCUUCAUUGGAAAGGUUCCUAUAAUGCUACGUUCAAGUUACUGUACAUUAUAUAAGAAUUCAGAACAGGACUUGAUUGAGCUUGGUGAGUGCCCUUAUGAUCAAGGUGGAUAUUUCAUCAUCAAUGGCAGUGAAAAGGUUCUAAUUGCUCAAGAGAAGAUGAGCACCAAUCAUGUGUAUGUGUUCAAAAAGAGGCAACCGAAUACAUAUGCUUAUGUGGCAGAAGUUCGUUCAAUGACAGAAUCUCAGAGUAGAGCACCAAGUACAAUGCUUGUCAGGAUGCUUUCUCAGACUAGUGCCAGAGGGGGCUCCUCGGGUCAAUAUAUUUGUGCUACCCUUCCAUAUACCCGAGUUGAUAUUCCUAUCAUUAUCGUGUUUCGAGCACUGGGAUUUGUUGCUGAUAAAGAUAUAUUAGAAUACAUUUGUUAUGAUUUUGCUGACACUCAAAUGAUGGAGUUGUUAAGACCAUCACUAGAAGAAGCAUUUGUUAUACAAAAUCAAGAGGUGGCACUAGAGUACAUUGGGAAAAGAGGUGUCCGUGCUGGUGUCACGAGAGAGAAGAGAAUAAAGUUUGCCGGUGAUAUUCUACAAAAAGAAAUGCUUCCUCAUGUGGGUGUUGGAGAGUAUUGUGAAACAAAGAAAGCAUACUACUUUGGUUAUAUCAUCCACCGUCUUUUGUUAUGUGCUCUUGGUCGGAGGGUUGGGGAUGAUAGGGAUCAUUAUGGCAACAAAAGGUUGGAUCUUGCUGGUCCAUUGUUGGGGAGCCUAUUUAGAAAGCUCUUUCGGCAGUUAACAAGAGAUGUAAGAGCAUAUGUUCAGAAGCGUGUAGACAAAGGGGCGGAUGUUAAUCUGCAAGUUGCAAUUAAAACAGAAACGAUAACCAGUGGGCUUACAUAUUCCAUUGCUACUGGGAAUUGGGGGAAUGCAAAUGCAGCUGGAACUAGGGCUGGUGUUUCACAGAAGUUGAAUCGCCUGACAUAUGCAUCCACAUUGUCACAUUUACGAAGAGUAAUUUCACCUAUAGGUCGUGAAGGAAAAUUGGCGAAACCAAGGCAGCUGCAUAACUCACAAUGGGGAAUGAUGUGUCCUGCAGAAACUCCCGAAGGGCAGGCAUGUGGACUGGUGAAGAAUCUUGCAUUGAUGGUUUACAUAACUGUCGGAUCAGCUGCAUCCCCGAUUCUAGAGUUUUUGGAAGAAUGGGGUACAGAAAAUCUUGAGGAAAUUUCCCCUGCUGUUAUCCCACAAGCUACAAAAAUCUUUGUUAAUGGUGUGUGGGUGGGAAUCCAUCGCAAUCCUGACAUGUUGGUGAAAACAUUGAGGGGAUUGCGAAGACGAGAUGAUAUGAACAUGGAAAUUGGAAUUGUCCUGGAUACUCGUUUAAAAGAAGUUCGGAUAUAUACUGAUUAUGGUCGUUGCAGUCGCCCGCUUUUCAUUGUUGAAAAGCAAAGACUUUUAAUAAAAAAGAAAGACAUCCAAAAUCUGCAACAAAGGGAAACCCCAGAAGAUGGUGGGUGGCAUGAUCUUGUAUCAAAUGGAUUCAUAGAGUAUAUUGAUACGGAAGAGGAAGAGACCACUAUGAUUUCCAUGACCAUUAAUGAUCUUGUAAGUGCGAGGGAAAAUCCUGGUGUGUCUUCUUCAGACACUUACACACAUUGUGAAAUCCAUCCGUCUUUAAUCUUGGGUGUUUGUGCCUCAAUGAUACCAUUUCCUGACCACAAUCAGGAUACAUCAGCAUACGUUCUUUACUAUCCUCAAAAACCACUUGUAACUACUCGAGCAAUGGAGCACUUGCACUCCCGAGAGCUUCCAGCUGGCAUGAAUGCAAUUGUGGCAAUUGCCUGUUAUUCUGGAUACAACCAAGAAGAUUCUGUUAUCAUGAACCAGUCCUCAAUAGACUGUGGCUUCUUCAGAUCACUCUUCUUCCGUUCUUACAGGGACGAAGAGAAGAAGAUGGGGACACUUGUGAAGGAAGAUUUCGGUCGUCCCAAUAGAGCUAAAACCAUGGGUAUGCGACAUGGUUCUUACGAUAAAUUAGACGAUGAUGGUCUAGCUCCCCCGGGGACACGAGUUGGUGGUGAGGACGUGAUUAUUGGGAAGACAACACCGAUUGCUCAAGGGCAAGCCUCCAGAUACACUCACCGUGAUCACAGUACAAGCUUACGUCAUAAUGAAACCGGAAUGUUUGACCAGGUGCUACUGACAACAAAUGCUGAUGGGUUGAGGUUUGUGAAAGUGAGGGUGAGAUCUGUGAGGAUCCCACAAAUUGGAGAUAAGUUUAGCAGCAGACAUGGUCAAAAGGGAACGGUUGGGAUGACUUACAGGCAAGAAGAUAUGCCAUGGACUCUGGAGGGAAUCACUCCUGAUAUCAUUGUGAAUCCUCAUGCUAUUCCUUCACGAAUGACAAUUGGUCAACUCAUGGAGUGUAUUAUGGGCAAAGUUGCUGCACUUAUGGGGAAAGAAGGAGAUGCCAUUCCCUUCACCGAUGUCACCGUGGAUAACAUCAGCAGGGCUCUUCACAGGUGCGGUUACCAAAUGCGUGGGUACGAGACCAUGUACAACGGUCACACGGGCCGACGGCUGAACGCGAUGAUAUUCCUAGGGCCCACUUACUAUCAACGACUUAAACAUAUGGUUGACGACAAGAUCCAUUCACGUGGACGCGGUCCCGUCCAGAUCCUGACCCGCCAGCCCGCGGAGGGUCGUUCACGUGACGGUGGGCUUCGGUUCGGUGAAAUGGAGCGCGACUGCAUGAUUGCUCAUGGUGCGGCCCAUUUCCUUAAAGAACGGCUGUUUGAUCAGAGUGAUGCAUAUCGGGUUCAUGUCUGUGAGCUCUGUGGAUUGAUUGCAAUUGCUAAUCUUAAAAAGAAUUCGUUUGAGUGCAGAAGCUGCAAGAAUAGAACUAAUAUUGUUCAGGUGCAUAUCCCGUAUGCGUGUAAGUUGCUGUUUCAAGAGCUGAUGGCUAUGGGGAUUGCGCCUAGGAUGCAUACCAAAGAUGUGAAAGAUAUCAAGAAGAAAGAGGGUUGA